AUGGCUUCAGCAAGAAAGGCCAGCUGCUCUGUGCAUGACAUGUUUGGUGACUUCAGUGAUAUUUCCUUAGAAGAUUCAAAAGUGGAAGCAAUCAGAAACUUACAGAUCAGCAGGAGUCUAACCAAAAUAACAGCCAGUCAGAGCAGGUUCCUGAAAAGAAACCAAAUGCUGGGUGAGAGACGCCUCUUUCUGAAAGAGAGCCCUGGCCUGGAGGGUGGGCCUAGGCCUUCCUCAGGUUGGCCCCUGACUACCACCUCCCAGACCCGGACGAACGCCGCAUUCCUGAAGCUGGCCCAGAUAGAGACCAAGAUCAGGAACCGCCAGGCACAGAGGGGUUUGUCUGAUGUGGAGUCUGACCCAAAGACCUCUGAUGCCAGCCUUCCAGAGGGGGCUGAUCAGGUCCCCACCAGGUGUGCAGCGGAAACUCCGUGGAACACAGACUCUCCCCAGGAACGUGUGCGUGAAAACUCCACCACUGAUAGCCGGAAGGGCAGCAGGUUCCUCAAGAAGAAAGAGCCACCCGCUGAAAAUAUGCCCCGUGGAGCACGUUUAGGGAAAGAACGGAACUUUCCAACACCCAAGCAGAAAAAACCUGCUAGAACAUUUGACUCUCCAGACAGUGAUGAAGAGGAAAUGAAGGAGUUACUGGGAAGCUUGGUGGAGUCUUCUGGAGAAAAAGAAACACACAGGAACCAGGGUUUCACCAGCACUAAUGUCAGUGACAAAGAACAAGUGGAACUCUUCUUGAUCCCUGGUGCUGGUGGCCCAACCUCUCACACGUCAGUGCUCUCGGUCACAGGCACCUCAUCCAGGUCAGGGCUUCCAAAUAUGGGGCGCCCCAAGCCCCUGUCCUCCCCCAGAAGGAGCAAGAGUGAGGCUAGGCCCUCAGAGGAGUCACUUUCUGAAACCACUGAUGACAGCAGGAAUGAUUUCAGAAUCAAUCUCCUGUCCCUUGAUGACUUGGCUCCAGCCGUCAGUGAGAAGUCAGAGCUGGAUCAGGAAGGAGAAGGUGCUCAGCAGGAAAAGCGGUCCAGCCUACGCUCAUGGGCAGAAGCCCCCAACAGGCAGGGGUCACCAAGAUGCACCCAGGCCCGGAGUAUGGCAUCCUCAGACAGCGAGGAGGGUCCCCCUACAGAGAGCAUGGUCUAUGAGAGUCUGAACACCAAGUGGGGGGCUACAUCCAGCCAGCUGCCACUGUCCCGAGACACCUCUGCAAGCACUGUGAGCUUGGCAUCCUCGGCCAGCCAAGAAGGCCUCCCCACUGUGAGCCCAGCCUACUCGGAUGACUUUGAGGCAUCACCAGGCCUGACCGCCUCCGGGCCCACAGGCUGCUCUGAGGAGUCUCUUGACAGGACGUUGGAAGCCCUUUCGGAAUUCUCUUUGAGUCAGGAAAGGGACCGUACCCCACAAACCCCCAAGGCCAGCAGAAAGUGGGGCCGACAUGUGACGAGAGUGAUCGUGAAGGAGUCAGCCGUGCAGACCUCCGAUCCUGCCUUCACCUACCGGUGGGCCGAGGUGGCCGGUGUGGCAGCUAUCAGCCCUUCCCUGGGAAGUGCCUACGUGGAUCCCACACCCAUUGCCAGCCACGUGGUCAGCGCAGACACAAUAGAAGCCCUGACAGCCCACAGCCCAGCCGUGUUUGCACUGAAUGACCUGCUGAGGCAGCAGCUGGCUCUGACGCAGCAGUUCCUGGAGGCCAGCCGGCACUUGCACGCCUCACUCCUGGCGUCGCUGGACCAGGACGUCUUCCAGUACCAUAGCCUGGAAGAGGCCAAAGAGUAUAUCCGGUGCCACAAGCCAACCCCACUGACCCUGGAGGACGCCCUGGAGGAGGUACAGAAGGAGUCGUGA